CGAGCAAAGUGCGAGAGCACCGACCGACAAGGCAGGCACGGCUUAGCCCGUCGUUGCCUCUUGAUUGUCUCUCCAUUGAGCCCACCACCCAUCCUCGUCCAUAUUACCUGGAAUACCCCUGCCCAAUAUUGUUUGUUUUCGCUCUUCAUCUUUUCUCUCCUGGUCGCCCGCAGGACUUGGGUCCCGAUUUGUUCCAGUCGAAACACACGACGACUUCUCACAGCUCCACUUGCCUUACCUCGCUGUCCCAACCAGUCCUAGCCCCAAUUCCAGGCGCAGCACUUAAACGUCAACCCGCCCCAGUAGAGGGGGCUGGCAGUGUCUGGAGAAGCGCCCCAACAGCGACCGACUGCCCAUAGCGACAAACAUGCAGUACGUCAGGAAUCUAAGCGACUCCGUGUCGACGGCGUGGAACUCGAUCAACCCCGCGACUCUCAGCGGCGCCAUCGAUGUCAUCGUCGUCGAGCAGGAGGACGGAACCCUGCUGUGCUCGCCCUUCCACGUGCGCUUCGGCAAGUUCUCGCUGCUGCGGCCCUACGAGAAGAAGGUCGAGUUCCAGGUCAAUGGCGUCAAGCAGGACUACUCGAUGAAGCUCGGCGAGGGCGGCGAGGCCUUCUUCGUCUUCGAGACCACCGACAAUAUCCCCAAGAGCAUGCAGACCUCCCCCAUCGCCUCGCCCGCCUCGAGUCCCUCCUUCAACCCCCAGCAAUCCGCCCUCCAAGACCCCGAGGCCUUUGAGCUAGACGCCGAGUCCACGGCCAAGCCUCGCGCGGCAAGCCUAGUUAGGCCACUGCCCACCGUCCUUCCCCCCGGCGCGACCGCACGCGAAAAUGGCAUGUUGACGCCGCUUUCGACGUCCCCUCAACUAUCCACCAAGCGCCUCCAGUCCGGAGACUGGUCCAACUACGACCAAAGACACCAUAGCGAUACCGUCUUGGGCCAGCGCACGCGCAGGCAGUCCUCCAACUUGGAUGUCGACGACAUUUCCCUCGAGCCCGCCAGCCCGGCAGAACUCUCGGACCGGUCCCAGAGCCCACCGCCGCUCGGCCCUAGAGAGUCUCUCGAGCGGGCUCUUGCGCUGUCGCGGGAGCUAUCCGCCGUCAACAUCCGCACCCAGGUCACCGAGACGGGAGAUUUGAUGCUCGAAAUGAGCGGCGCAAACGAGGACGAGGCCUUCCGCGCAGAGAUUCUCGCGCGCAAGGUUCUCUCUCAAGAGCUCGCUGGCAACUAUGACGUCGGCGCGCUGAUCGGCAUGGACGAGCAGGGCAACCUAUGGAUCUACGGUAGCGAGGAGGCCAAGGAUACCGCCAUGAAGAAGACCAUGGAGGCAACGUACCGCCACACCCACCCCAACAUGUCUCUCGACGCCGUGUCCGACCCGGGCUACCAGAGUGACGACAGCUCUGGCACCGCAUCCCAGAUCCCUUUGCACAGGAGAACCGAGUCCGACGUCGGUCAGCUAGCACUGCAAACCCCGCCGUCGUCGCCGGGCUCCACCAGCAUCGGCGACCCUAACCGGAACUACGCCAAGACUCUGCGCCUGACCAGCGACCAACUCAAGGCCAUGAACCUCAAGCCGGGUGAGAACUCUCUGAGCUUCACGGUCAACCGCGCGACAUGCUCGGCCAACAUGUAUCUAUGGAAGCACGAAACACCCGUUGUCAUCUCGGACAUCGACGGCACCAUCACCAAAUCGGACGCGCUGGGUCAUGUGCUCAACAUGAUCGGCCGCGACUGGACGCACGCGGGUGUUGCGAAACUAUACAACGACAUCGCCAACAACGGCUACAACAUCAUGUACCUGACGAGUCGGUCGGUUGGCCAGGCCGACACGACGCGGGCAUACCUCCACGGCAUCGUCCAGGACGGUCUGAAGCUCCCGCGCGGUCCCACGAUCCUGUCGCCGGACCGCACCCUAGCUGCGCUUCGCCGCGAGGUGUACCUACGCAAGCCGCACAUCUUCAAGAUGGCCACGUUGCGCGACAUCCGCAGCCUCUACGGCGCGGACCACCAUGCCUUCUACGCCGGCUUUGGCAAUCGUCUGACAGACCAGAUCUCGUACCGCACCGUCGACGUGCCGCGCACGCGCAUCUUCACCAUCAACUCCAAUGCUGAAGUCUCGCUGGACCUGUUGAGUCUCAAUAAGCUCAAGCUCAGCUACCUAAGCAUGUCGGAGAUCGUGGAGCACUACUUUCCGCCCGUCAGCACACUGGUGACUGGCGGCGGCGAGGAGUUCACCGACUUCACCUUUUGGCGCGACACUCCUCUCGACCUCGACGAGUUCUCGGCCAGCGAUUCGGACGCCAGGGCUGGCGAGAACGAAGGGGAUGAUGAGGGAAGCCAGUAUGCCGAGGACGAGGACGAAGACGUCUACGAGGCUCUCGGCGACAGCUACAUCUCGAGAGGCUCGGGCGAGUACGCCGAGAUGGAGGAGAGCAUCUACUACGACGACGAGGACGCCGACGAUGAGGAGGAAGGGGCCGAGCCGGAGGAUGAGGGCGACGAGGAGGAGGGAGACAUCACCGUCGGAGACGACGGCGCCGUCCCGACAAAUGAUGCCCAGACAAUGCCGGCCCCUGCUAUGGAGCACGACACUGACGCCGAGAUGAUCACUGGUAUCAAGGACCUCCAGGUGGCUAAGGAUGCCAAGCCAUGAUGACCCUGUGCUGGCUGGUCCCCUGGUCAGCUGUCGACGAGAGAGCAAGCAUUUGCUUUCUCUUGCUCGUCUCUUCCUCGAUUCACCCCGUCAACGUUUGCCAUGACAUGUCAUCCUUCUGUUUCCCCUUCUGUAUGUUGUCCUGUUCCUGCUCUUCCGUGGGCCGAGUUCCCAGGAUGCGGAUCAGGACUCUUUACGAGCUCAACCGAGGACGAAAGAAAAAGGGAGGCGCUUUCAACGCGCUGAGCACAAGGGAGUCGGCGGGUUUUAUUGUUAUCGCAUCCCCUCUGUUGCCCUCCCGCACACCUGGCUUCAUCAUCUGUUUUUCGGGAUGGUUUUCACCAUCCCAUUGCAUAGCAAAGGAGUUUUUGGUUUGGUUACCAUGGUCAUCUGUAAAUAGAUUUCUACUAAUACAUGUAAGAUGACUAAUUUGAGGUGCUGCAUCUUUGUGCAAGGCG